UCUUGCUAAUUAUAUUUGAAAGCGGACUUGUAUAGGGGCUGGACCUCAAUUGCUAAAUAUUGUGCGAAGAAGCUGCCUACCACUACUGAAGUUAUGGCAAUUGACAAUGGGAAAGUUUUGUUUAGAAGAACCUCUACUUCCCAACUCAAAGGUUCUUUUAGUGAUCCAAAACCAAGUCUUUAUCUAGAAAGAAUUUCUACUUUAAAGGAUUGCGAGUCUGAAUUUGGUGAAUCUGAGAUAUCGGAAUUUGGAAGGUUCAGUUGUGAAGUGACUAGAACUUUGGAGAGAUGGACAAAUGGUACACAAAACAUAAAAGAGGAAAACACAAGUCCUUCAGGAAAACACAAGAAAGGUUCUCUUUCACUAGGUUCAGUUUCUCUUCCUACCGAAGAUUGUGCUGCUGCUGCUGCUACUACUCCUGGUUGGCCACUUUUACAAACGACGAGCUCAUUGAAUGAACCUGUUAAAGUAAAAAGAAAGAUGUCAGUAGUGCAGUGGGUGAUGACCUUGCCAAACAGAUCUAUGUUAGAUAGUCCUAAAUCAAAUUCUUCUCCGAAAGAGAACCAAAAUGCUUUUGGAAUGGAAAAUAGUUACUCCCUCAUGGAUUAUAUUGAAAAGGAAAGUGCAUCAGUUGGUAGCCAGCUGAUAAAAGAUUAUUUUGGCUGCAAGAUCGCUGUAGAAAUCAGAGGAGAAGUUAAUGGGUAAAUUUGGGAGAAAAUGAGAUUAUCUAAAGAGAGGGCAUGGGUAAAUGGAAAUGGGUAAUUGGGUUAAUUGGUACCGGGUUAUCCUAGAGGGGGUCGGGUCAUUGGGUUAAAAAUAGGGAAUAGGGUGUUUUUUUUUAAAAUCCGGGUAAUUGGGUCAAUUUGGAUCAAUUUUGGGGAUUCCGUCUAAAUGAGGGGUAAUUUUGGUGAAAUUAGUAACGGGAGGGGUACGAUUAACUUCAUUUUAACGGCGAGGGUAAAGUCAAACA